CGUCUCCCAAACGGAGCUUAACUCUGGAAAACCACAGUAGAUGAAGUUGGGUUCGACGAAACAGAAUGACAAGGACAUACAUAGCCAUAAUUUAUACUGUAUUUGUUAUUUAGCAGUUAAACUACCGUAAACCCUAAGGAUUUAAGUACACUCCAAACUCUAGCUGUCUCUUCCUCAGCAGAACUCCCUCCCUCCUAUAUUUCUCACUCUCCUCUCCCUAUUUAUUCUGUCUCUAAACCCUAGCAGACGCAUUUUCUAGUUAAAGUUGAGCUCCAGCUUCGCCAAUUUCGGGUUUGGAAUUCAAUCGUUAAUCCAGUAGUAUUCCGUCUAUGGAUCUUCCAAGCCUAGCUUUGAUCCUUCGCGCUGCCCUCAGCCCCAAUCCCGAUGAACGCAAAGCUGCUGAGCAAAGUCUCAAUCAGUUCCAAUACACGCCUCAGCAUUUGGUGAGGUUGCUGCACAUCGUCGUGGACAAUGAUUGCGAUAUGGCAGUUCGGCAAGUUGCUAGCAUUCACUUCAAGAACUUCAUUGCAAAGAACUGGGCACCUCAUGAGCCUGAUGAGCUAUCAAAGAUUUCUCAAAGUGAUAAGGAUAUGGUGAGGGAUCAUAUCCUUGUGUAUGUUGUGCAGGUUCCUCCUUUAUUGAGGGUGCAGUUGGGUGAGUGCCUCAAGACAAUUAUCCAUGCUGAUUACCCAGAGCAGUGGCCACGUCUUCUGGAUUGGAUAAAACAUAAUUUACAAGAUCAGCAAGUUUAUGGAGCUCUGUUUGUAUUGAGGAUACUUUCUAGAAAAUAUGAGUUUAAGUCAGAUGAGGAGAGGACCCCUGUUUAUCGUAUUGUUGAGGAGACAUUCCCACAGGUUCUCAGUAUUUUCAACAGUCUAGUCCAGAUUGCAAAUCUAUCAUUGGAAGUAGCAGAUUUAAUCAAGCUUAUUUGCAAAAUAUUCUGGUCAUCAAUAUAUUUGGAGAUUCCAAAGCAACUAUUUGAUCCAAAUGUCUUCAAUGCUUGGAUGAUUUUAUUCUUAAAUGUUUUGGAGAGGCCUGUUCCUGCAGAGAGUCAACCUGUAGAUCCUGAGCUUAGGAAGUCAUGGGGUUGGUGGAAGGUGAAGAAGUGGACAGUUCACAUUUUGAACAGGCUGUAUACUCGAUUUGGAGAUUUGAAAAUUCAAAACCAAGAAAACAGAGCUUUCGCUCAAAUGUUUCAGAAGAAUUAUGCAGGGAAGAUUUUGGAGUGCCAUCUGAAUUUGUUGAAUGUGGUACGUGUUGGUGGAUAUUUACCUGACAGAGUUACAAACCUAAUUCUGCAGUAUCUAAGUAACAGUAUAUCAAAGAACAGCAUGUAUAAUCUUCUGCAACCACGACUUGAUGUGCUUCUUUUCGAGAUAGUUUUCCCUCUUAUGUGCUUCAAUGAUAAUGAUCAAAAGCUUUGGGAUGAAGACCCUCAUGAAUAUGUCAGGAAAGGUUAUGACAUUAUUGAGGAUUUGUACAGUCCGAGAACUGCUUCUAUGGAUUUCGUUAGUGAAUUGGUUAGAAAACGUGGGAAGGAGAACCUUCAAAAGUUUAUUCAGUUCAUUGUAGAAAUUUUUAAGAGGUACGAUGAAACACCUGUAGAAUAUAAACCCUAUCGACAAAAAGAUGGUGCCCUACUCUCUAUUGGAUCACUUUGUGAUAAACUAAAACAAACUGAACCUUACAAAUCUGAGCUGGAGCACAUGUUAGUACAACACGUUUUCCCUGAGUUUAGCAGCCCCGUUGGUCAUCUCAGAGCAAAGGCAGCUUGGGUUGCAGGACAAUAUGUUCACAUUAACUUCUCAGACCAGAACAAUUUCCUUAAAGCCUUGCACAGUGUUGUGUCUGGGUUACGUGAUCCAGAGCUUCCUGUUCGUGUUGAUUCAGUUUUUGCACUGCGAAGCUUUGUUGAAGCUUGCAAGGACUUGAAUGAAAUCCGCCCUAUACUUCCUCAACUUCUUGAUGAGUUCUUUAAACUAAUGAAUGAGGUGGAGAAUGAGGACCUGGUUUUUACUCUAGAAACUAUAGUGGACAAAUUUGGUGAAGAGAUGGCACCCUAUGCUUUUGGUUUAUGCCAGAAUUUGGCUGCUGCAUUUUGGAGGUGUAUGAACACUGCAGAAGCUGACGAAGAAGUUGAUGAUCCUGGUGCUUUGGCAGCAGUUGGUUGUUUACGAGCUAUAAGCACAAUUCUUGAAUCAGUUAGCAGACUUCCUCAUCUUUUUGUCCAGAUUGAGCCAACUUUGCUACCUAUAAUGCGUAGAAUGUUGACAACUGAUGGUCAAGAGGUGUUUGAAGAAGUUCUGGAAAUUGUUUCAUAUAUGACCUUUUUCUCUCCAACAAUAUCUCUGGAUAUGUGGAGUCUUUGGCCUUUGAUGAUGGAAGCAUUGGCAGAUUGGGCUGUUGACUUCUUUCCAAAUAUUCUGGUUCCCUUGGACAACUACAUAUCAAGGGGUACUGCACAUUUCUUGACUUGCAAGAAUCCAGAUUACCAACAAAGCCUUUGGAUUAUGAUUUCAUCUGUCAUGGCAGAUAGAAAUUUGGAGGACAAUGAUAUUGAGCCAGCACCAAAGCUGAUUGAGGUUGUUUUCCAGAAUUGUAAAGGUCAGGUGGAUCAAUGGGUUGAGCCAUAUCUGAGAAUCACUGUUGAGCGGUUGCAUCGAGCAGAAAAAUCAUACUUGAAAUGUCUUCUCAUUCAAGUGAUCGCAGAUGCCCUUUACUAUAAUGCAGCUUUGACGCUGAGCGUACUGCAAAAGCUUGGUGUUGCUGCUGAGAUUUUCAACCUUUGGUUCCAGAUGUUGCAACAAGUGAAAAAGAGUGGUGCACUGGCUAAUUUUAAAAGGGAGCAUGACAAAAAAGUUUGUUGCUUGGGGUUGACAUCACUACUGGCCCUUCCUGCGACUCAAUUACCUGGAGAGGCCUUAGAACGUGUUUUCAGGACCACUCUUGAUCUCCUAGUUUCAUACAAGGAUCAAGUUGCAGGUCUCUGUGACUUCCCCCUUCUUCCAGAAGCUGAAAAGGAAGAAGCAGCUGAAGAUGAUGAUGAUAUGGAUGGUUUCCAGACUGAUGAUGAAGAUGAUGGUGAAGGGUCUGACAAGGACAUGGGAGUGGAUGUCGAGGAUGGGGAUGAAGCUGACAGCAGUAGACUUCAGAAGUUAGCUGCGCAGGCAAAGGCUUUCCACCCACAUGACGAUGACGAUGAGGACUCAGAUGAUGACUACAGCGAUGAUGAAGAGUUGCAAUCACCAAUUGAUGAGGUGGAUCCUUUCAUUUUCUUUAUGGAUACUAUCAAAGUCAUGCAAGCAUCAGAUCCACCGAGGUUUCAGAAUCUUACACAGACACUGGACUUCCGCCACCAAGCUCUAGCCCAUGGUGUUGCCCAGCAUGCUGAACAGAGGAGAGUUGAGAUUGAAAAGGAAAGAAUGGAGCAGGCAUCGGCUACUGUUGCUUCAUAACUUAACCAUUGAAUACAUCGUGGCUUACAUUUGCAUUAGUUUUGCAUUAACUGCAUAUUCCAUUUAUUCAUAGAUGGAUGGAGAGUUGUUGCCAGUCUCUCUGAAGCAGUGGUUCAAUGGUCGUCGAGAUCAGUAAGCCCUGGAAGUGUUUUCAGGUUCAGAUUAUUGGUACACUGCAGGCCUGAGUUCCCAAAUGCUUAGUGAGUUGUGGGAUUGGGAAUUUUUUGCUGUAAAUCUACCAUGGUUUCGAGGCAUUCAUUUUUAUUUUUAUGAGUCUGGCCAAUUCUAUGCAGAAGAAGCCUAUCUCAUUGCGUUUUGCAUUGUCUUUUUGUUUUUGAUUUUUUUUCCCUCCCAAAGAAGUUUUACAUUUUGGGGUGUCUAGUUUGUCACUGUGUCUAUGCGAUUGCUUCUGGGAUGUUGGCAAGUUAUCCUCGGGAGGGGCUUUAGGAGUAGUAUGGUAGUGUCGCAUGGAAAUCAUUUAGGAAGGUGGAUGAAUGUUAUAAAUUUUUUGGUUAGGGGUUAGAAAAUAUUCUUUUUUUUAUUUUUUAAGAAAAAUUUUGUAAUGAGUAUAGUCUACGAAACACUAUUAAAAUAUUGGUUUAUGGGCUUUUUGGAGUUGGGGUUUAUUGCUUUUUUGGUUUUCUUUAUGUUUUUUUUUUUUUUUUUUGGGUGGUGGUUUCUGGAGCUUUAGAGUGGCGGUGGCUACAGAUUGUAAAGUAGUUAAAACAUUCUUAUAUGAUGUGGUUUAAUGAAGAGGAAGCAAUUGGUUUGCAGGCA